AUGAGCACGACGCCUGCAACCAAACGCGAAGUAGCGGAGAGCAGUUUUGACCUUUUACAUCAUGCCAUCGUCGACAAAAUCUCCAGCUCAAACAGAAAUCAUCCAGAGAAAGACCUGGAGAUGAUUGGCUACACCGUGGGCCAAAAGCUGGUUGAACGCUAUGUGAAGGAGAAGCCAAUUCUUGAAAAUGACCUGGCUGUUAUUACCUUCCUUUGCAAGGAUUUUUGGACGGAAGUAUACGGGAAACAGAUGGACAAAUUGAGAACAAAUCACAAAGGAGUUUUCGAGCUCCAGGAUCACAGAUUCCGCGCGCUCCUGCGUGUAUCAGCGGUACCUCAUUCUGCCCUGUGGAAUGAUUCGAGGUUCUCUGUCCGCCUUGGGGCUUGA